ACACGUAAUAACAUUAUCGCGUUUUUGGAACAUCGACUUUGGUAGUAGUCGGGAAAAACUGCACCAUUCGAAUCUCCUGCAGUUUUCCGCCGGAGCAAACCCUCCGCCAGUGCCAAACCCUCACUCGCGAGGUCGGACGCCAUGUCGAGGUAUUUCGGCGCUCUGCUGUUGAUUUGUUCUGCGCUGUUUGUGAAUUUCUGUGCCUCGUUCUCGGAAGUAAGCCCCGCAGAUCGACGGGUUUUGGUACUGCUCGAUGAUUUAGCGAUUAAGUCGUCGCAUUCUAUCUUCUUCAAGUCACUGGAGUCCAGAGGAUUCGACCUCGAUUUCAAGCUCGCCGACGAUCCGAAGCUCGCCUUGCAGAGAUAUGGACAGUAUUUUUACGAUGCCGUUGUUCUCUUUGCCCCGACAACCGAUCGGUUUGGUGGUUCCAUCAACGCGGCAUCAUUACUAGAAUUUGUUGAUUCUGGUCGUGAUUUGAUUCUCGCGGCUGAUUCAUCGGCUUCGGAAUUGAUUCGUGAUAUAGCGGUUGAAUGCGGGGUUGACUUCGAUGAGGAUCCAGCAGCCAUGGUGAUUGAUCACACAAGCUAUGCAGUUUCAGAGAUGGAAGGUGAUCAUACAUUGGUUGCUGCUGAUGAUUUCAUUCAAUCGGAGGUUAUAUUGGGUAACAAAAGGAUAGAGGCUCCUGUGCUUUAUAAGGGAAUUGGUCAUUCAAUCAGUGCCACAAACAAUUUUGGCCUAAAAGUUCUCUCAGCUUCUCCGGCCGCAUAUUCUGCCAACCCAAACUCAAAAUUGUCAAAUCCCCCCACUUUGACAGGGUCGUCAAUCUCUCUAGUUUCAAUUGUGCAGGCAAGAAACAAUGCUCGGAUUCUGAUAUCUGGCUCACUAAGCAUGUUCAGCAACCGGUUUUUCCGAUCUGAAGUACAGAAAGCCGGAAGUGCUAUAAAACUUGAGAAAAGUGGGAAUGAGCAGUUUUUGACCGAACUUAGCAAGUGGGUUUUCCAUGAAAGAGGGCAUCUGAAGGCUGUUAAUGUCAGGCAUAACAAAGUUGGCGAAGUAGAUGAACCCUCAAUGUACAGGAUCAAAGAUGACCUGCACUACUCUGUUGAAGUCUAUGAAUGGUCCGGUUCGAGUUGGAAGCCAUAUGUGGCUGAUGAUCUGCAAGUUCAGUUUUACAUGAUGAGCCCAUAUGUUCUGAAAACCAUGUCAACUGAUAAGAAGGGCCUGUAUUAUGCAUCUUUCAAGGUUCCCGAUGCUUAUGGUGUUUUCCAAUUCAAGGUCGAGUACCAGAGACUGGGAUAUACACGCUUGAGUUUAUCGAAGCAGAUACCUGUUCGACCUUUCCGACAUAAUGAGUAUGAAAGAUUCAUUACUGCUGCCUUUCCAUACUACGGAGCAUCUUUCUCAAUGAUGGCGGGGUUCUUUGUCUUCUCAAUGGUGUAUCUCUACACAAAGUAGUUGCGAAGAGUGAAUCGAAUACCGAAUACCGGGGUUGAAAACAUGAGUAAGAACUCUUCAUCUUAUCUCAUUUCAUCUCCUGCGUUAAAUUGGAUUUAGAGAAAUUUUGUUAAGAGAUAUUUAGGGAUUCACUAUAUAUAUGUUUUCAAUUUGGAAUCACAUUUUAUGUGUAGGGAUUGUUUGUUUCUUUAGUGGUUGUAUUCAUUGCCUGCCAAGAAAUUGAUCAUGAAAUGCUAACAUGACAAACACAAGAACUAAUGUCGAAUUUUAUAUACAUAAGACUCGACUCGGCUCGUGCUGGAAUUUACCAUCUUGUUUGGAUC